AUGAAGAGUCUGAGAUGGUCUGGCAGAGGCAGAAAGUCUUCGUCGGCCGCAGCAGAUGACCGGCAGGCGGAGAGUCCUAGAGGCCACUCUGCUGGCAACCCCAGCAGUUUGGCAAGUUUCAGCAAACACGAAGGCUCUGCUACUUCUUCACCACACUCAACCUCGCUUGUAAAGCGACCUACUGUCUUUGGAAAACAAAUGACUUCUUCGCCUUCUCUGUAUCUCUCAGAGAGCGGCAACAGAUCAAAUCGAAGUCUUAUGUCUAGCCGGGGCUCUAUUAGCAAUGAGGAUAUGAAAAACGACAAAGCUGCCUCCCAUGCAGCCUCAACUAUUACAGAUGAUCGUUCAACCAUGGUUUCCCAAGCCACCGACGAAACGCCAACCACGUCUACAAUAAAGAGCGGUUCGCUGCCUUCUUUCAACAAUGACAAUUACGACAAUUGUACCUUUAAAGUUGGCUGGGUGAACAAAACGGCAGUGCCUCAGGUAGCGAAUAAUCGUGACAGCAGAGUUUACGGUAAUGGAAAUGCCUCCUUGGAUCCUCAAUCACUAGGAAAAAAAUCCACAAAUUAUAGACUUCACAGAGCUGUACUCAAAGGUUCGGUACUGAAUCUAUACAAAAGUGGAAUCGGUAACGUCAAAUUUUUUGAUCCAAAUCUGUCACCUCCUGCGCAUCUUUUAGAUCAUCAAUAUCAAGAUAUUAAUUACGCUUCUUCAGUGACCCCCACACAAGCCCAGCCCUUAGGUACUGAUGACCAAGCUACCUUGGUUGAGAAACAGCAGAAAGAUUUAGCUUACAUGAGCGCAGAAUACCCUCAUCCAGAUUUAAAGCUGGACAAAGAGGGGCGGUUGGUUUCUGGAUCAAAUGAAAGUAUAUGCCAUAUGGUUUUGUUUUGUCCUCCUCUCAAUGAUGAUGAUGCUAGGAAAAUAAUUGACAUUUUGCUUAUUCUCCCGCUUAUUGACAAAUUUGGCACAAUUUUGAAUAUAUUUCAACUUUUCGGUCUCACCUACACACGGCAUCGAGCCAAACUCGUCAAUUCAGCUAGGCAACAUCUGCAAAUCUCAGCCAAAGCCGAUUCUUUGAUGACUGAACGGCUGGCUUUGGUGGUAAAAGCUAUAUUGGACGUAUUUCCGGGUUUCCUAUUAGACGAUAACUUAUUUUCGCAAAUUGUAGAUCUGGUAAACGUUAUAUCACUGCAUGAUGAUGAGAUAUCGACAAAUUUGAAAAUAGCGAUUGUGGAAAGACAGAAUAAAUUGAGCACUCUCUGUGCAUUUUCCAAACAAAGAGUGGCCAUGGAAGAGGUCGUGCAACUAACGAAGGUAGAGAACUUUCUAAAUCUUGACUUAGACGAUUUUGCUCGCGGUAUUCAUCAGAUUAAUCUCAAAUUCAUUAAAGAGUGGAGUCCUCAAAUGGAUUAUUCUUUACUUUACGAAUCAAAAUUCAACGAAAAUCACAUUCACAUGAACCCCAUGGUAUUCAGAAAUACCGAAAAUGUCCACUUCUUGGGCAGGUUAAUGAUAACUCAUCUCUUCAACGAGCAGUCCAGGGUUUCUCCUAGACAAACUGCGAAGGUUUUGAGCGCAUGGGUACAAUUGGGUUGUAAGUUUGAAAAGAUUGGCGAUAUGGUUUCAUGGCUAGCCAUUGCCACCAUCAUUUGCUCCGUACCCGUACUGCGACUUGCAUCGACUUGGCAAUUUGUACCCGAGCUGACCCUAAGGGUUAUUUUCAAAGACUGGGUUCCAACAAUAGUGCAGUUGGACAGGCGACAAAUUUCGUCGAAGUCCACUAACAGUGUUUUCAUUCUUGCUCCACCAAACCUAAAUGAUGCAUAUAUUAGGGAGAAUGUCAUUCCCUUUUUUGGAGACCUCUCCAUAACUGCUAGCGACCUUCCGCCUGACACAAAGUUCAAAUAUCUCGAAAAGAAGAUACACAGAACCAAGAAUGCCUUUUACAAAUGGCAACAGCGCAUAGAGCAGGCCAGAAAGAAUGACAUGGGUGCGGGAGACAGUGUCUCGGCAGUUGUGACAGAGCCUGCGCAAACCACAUCCAAAAUAUACCACUAUUGGAGAUUUCAUUUGGACCAGGAACCAAUGAACAUUAACAGCAUAAUGGAACUGAGUUUGGCGGUGGAACCUCCUCAAAUAAGUCAGAAACAGUAUUCGGCAACAAGCUCGAGAAGAAGCGCUUUGCUUACUGGUAGUUACUUGCCGAUGCUGUUCAAUGACGUAUUACCUAGCUAUUCCCUAUUUCCCCGUGAAUCCCUAAUUGGGGCCGCCGGAGUGAGUGGCAAUGGUGGCGAAAGCGCCCCUCAAAUAUCUAGCGCCCAAAAGAUUAGCAGUCCUUACAAUCAAAGUCAAGAUCAUGAUCAGGGUGUUAUAACUGGUGUGGAGCGAAUUGAUGAGCCUGUUGCUAAAGAAAUCUCUUCCAAGCUUUCUAACAAGCAAAAAUUGCUUAAACUUAUCAGAGAUGCUUUUAAUAUCGAUAUGGAUAUGUUUCAUGUUUCCGAUGAAAUUGUUUUCAAAGCUGUUAAUGAUAUAGAUGGGAGGUCAAGACCAGCAAGUGUUGUGAUUGAGACGCCAAAACGACUUUCACAGCAUUCGUCGAUAAAUACUGGGAGGGACUCUCAAGAUAUAGCAAGGCUAAGUUCAACAAUGGAGACGCUUGACUUUUUUAGUACGAUGGGUAAGUCAUCGGGCUCCAUUAAUGAGUCUUACAUUCAAGUUGUGCUAAAAUCUGCUACACUUGACAAGCUUUUUGAUGUUCUUGUUUUAACAACAAGCGUUUUUUCUAAGGUGAUUGAAACGGAAGAUUUGGAAAAAUACCUGUCCCACGAAAGAAAGCGGCAGAGCCAGAGUCAGAGUUUACGUGCUCAAAGCCCAGAUAACACUUCCGUAGGCCCUCUUGAUUAUGCCUUUAUUAGGCUACUCAUGGACAAUGACGUUUUCACCGAAACUUUUUUCAAUACCUACAAGAGUUUCACAACAACAACAAUCGCGCUCGAAAACAUCGCCAAACGUUUCAUAGGCGCUGUUAGUGGUGCUGUAUCUAUUUCUCGUGUCAUCAACCAUGGGAGAAAGAAGUAUCCUGGCGGCGCAAAUACGAGCAGGUUUUCCGGUUUUGUCGAUGCUACCAGUAGCAACAGCAGAUUUCCAGCUUGGGAUCUGAAGGUCACAGAGGACGAUGAAGUCAGUCUGACCUAUGUAGCCAAAAUUCAAAUCGGUGCCAUGGAAGCCUUGCUCCACCUAGUGAGCUUGCACUAUUCAGACUUUACUGACUGUCUGGCAAACAACGUGACUUUUCUUGACAUUUUGAAGAUUAUGGAUCAAGAAGUCAAUGAGGAAUGGAGAAAGAGGAUAGAUCUGUUUGCAAAGACGAAAUAUCUGCAACCAGAUUUUCGUGACGAGAUUACGGAGCUUGAAAGCUUGCAGUCAACAUUGAAAGCUUUGUUCAAAAGGCUCAGAUCUUGUUAUCAGAAACAAUUAUACCGACCUCUUGGAGUCAACAAAACUCAAAGAAUCACACAAAGCUACCUCAAAGAUUUUACAGCUGUAUCACUUCGCGAUUUAAGCUAUCACCUAGAUGAUCCAAGCUUUCAAAAUGACUUUUACACCUCCUACCAGAAGCUGGCCUUUGAUGACUACAGCGAGCUGUCAAAGUGGAUUUACGGCCUAAAUGAAGUCGUGAGUGACAGAAUGUCACUAGUAUCCAAUCAAGAUUGGGUUGACUUGUCUCAAGUUCUAGAGCUAUUUUCAAAUGAGUCGCUUAUAUCCUUAUACCAAUAUCCUCUCCAUUCCAUUUCGCACAGCAUUAUCCAGUCUGCUGGAUCACAGCUCGAUGACCUUGAAAUUCUCAACGUCUUUACCUGGCUGACCACUCUUUCAGCAGAUGAGAACAGUUCUGUCUUUGACAAAUUGGCGCCAUCCGUGCAACUAAUCAUUAAGUUGCAUAUUUCGGUGACGAAUUUUUUUAUUCUUCAAAUCGCGCACGCUGGUCAUUCCGCAGACAGUAGAGUAAACGCGUGUGCGGUGGUGCUACAAAUGUUGAACUUUUCCCGCUGGAAGAAUUCCUCCAUGGAUCUAUUUCACGACGGUAAGCAAGAUAAAGGAACUACAGCUAUUUCACCCCAUGUACCAUCGUUUAUCGAGAGCUGUCUCUGUAAUGCUUUGGUGGCUCCUGAAUCGAGGUACUUCGAGAUGUUUUGGAAAAAAGCUUACAGGAAGCUUGCUGGCCCCGAUGCCACGGAUGCCAAGGAUUUCUCCACCGUUCUCGAAGCAACAGCACAUCAGAUCAAAUACUUUGUGGAAUUUGGCGAAUCUCAUCUUUCAAAAUCCAAAAAUCUCGCUCCUUGUCCCGGUUGGUUAAUCACAAGACUUUUGGAAAUAUCACAGUUCGUGCCCAACAUGAGCAUAGAGAAUUCCAGAAUGAUUAAUUUUGACAAACGAAGGUUUGUCAACAACGUCAUUAUCAACUUUAGAGAGAUGCUUCCUAACUCUCAGACAUCGCAUGAGGAAGCUGCUCCAGUAAACAUCAAUGCUGCCUUUGUGUUCCACGAUAUUGUUGAUGUAGGAAAGGCUUUCAGGAAGCUCGCAAAAGAUACUGCGGCCGAUGAGGCAAGAAAGAGCAAAUAUCAAGCAACGGGGCUAUUCAAUAGCGUGAUUGUUGCUGAGGUAGACAAAAUCAAGCGCGAUCAGAAAAAAAAAUUGCAGCUCACAGUCCAAGACAACGAUUCUAAGCGCAAAAACAUACUUGAGCAAGCGGUGAGGCAUCGAAACAGAUUGAGCUCAUCUUCAUCUGUUCAGAGCUCUGUAGCGUCCGUUGGCCUUAAAGUUUCGCCGGUGGAAGCCGAGUACGCUGGAACAGUGAAGCGAAGCUCUUACGCGGCUAAUCCGUCUCCAAGAAGCUCAAUCAUAUCUAAUUCAUCUUCCCAUAGUAAUGGCAGUAUGGGCAAGAAAUUGGGGGACUUUUUGAAGAGACCUUUUUCGAUUGGAGGGUUUUCAAGCUCGUCUUCAGCACAUGGCCUCAAUGCGAUACUCCUAAGUGGGGUACAAUCCAAUGGAUCAAUAUCUCCAUAUGAGCUACCAGACAUAACUUCGAGUGUGUUUAGAGACUCGAAGCCAGUUUAUUCAAUAAAGACUUUUGAGAUCAAAUCAUGCAUUCCUGUGAACGGCAUCAAUAAGCUUCCGCAAGCUGAUCACAGCUUGAAAAUUAUAAUGGAAAAUGGAUCUGAGCAUAUUGUACAAACUAUCAACCAACAUGAUAUGAUGGAAUGGCUAAGAGUUAUCAACUUGUCUAAAAGAUAUUCUUUUCAUUCUCAAAAAUACAAAGGGAAGACAUCCAACAAAAUAUUUGGGGUACCAAUUGAAGACGUUUGCGAACGCGAAUGUAGUAUCAUUCCAAACAUUGUUGUUAAAUUGCUAGAAGAAAUUGAACUCCGUGGAUUAGAUGAGAUGGGCCUCUAUAGAGUGCCUGGAUCUGUUGGGAGCAUCAACGCUUUAAAAAAUGCAUUUGAUGAAGAAGGCGCGGUCAGCAAUUCAUUUACACUUGAAGAUGAUAGAUGGUUUGAGAUCAAUACGAUAGCCGGUUGCUUCAAGCUGUACCUCAGAGAGCUUCCAGAUUCACUUUUCACCAAAGAGAAGCUACCGUUAUUCGUGAAUCUGGCCUUGGCUUAUAAAUCGAACGACAUAGACUAUGAGGAAUUCAAAGCUGGAAUCAAGGAUGCACUCAAGAGCCUACCGCUUUACAAUUUUCACAUGAUGAAGAGAACAUUCGAGCAUUUGAAUCGUGUUGACCAACAUGUUGAACAUAAUCGAAUGGACGCGACGAACUUAGCCAUUGUUUUUUCGAUGAGUUUUAUUGACCAAGAAAACCUCGCAUCUAGCAUGGGGCCAACUUUAGGAGCUUUACAAGCAAUUCUGCAAUCCUUUAUUCGCAAACCUGAAGAUUUUUUUUAA